CCCAUAUAGGCUAAUAUCAAAUGAAAGCAGUUCCUUAUUCUGUGGCGCUACUACAACCAUCACUUUCAAUAGCCCAAAUUCGUUCAAGCCUGUUUGUAAAAAUCAAUGCGCACCAUCAACAUGGACCCAUGAUGUGUAGAAGGUCUGUCUUAAGGGCAUGUUUAAUUUUCCAUGAUGUCAUAAAGGAAGAGAAGGCCUGGGGCCCUUCAGCAGAAUAAUGCAGUUGAGCCACAGAGUGACUGAAGCUGCAUUCCACUUCAUCCUUACACCAUCUGUUUUCCUUCAUCCAUCCUUUGGUAACUGGACAAUGACAUCACAUAGGAAACACCUUGUGAGGGACUUCAACCUUUUCAUCACCUGUUAUAUCUGUAAAGGGUACUUGAUUAAGCCCACCACCGUGACAGAGUGCCUGCACACCUUUUGUAAAAGCUGUAUAGUCCAGCAUUUUGAGGACAGCAAUGAUUGCCCAAAAUGUGGUAUCCAGGUUCAUGAAACAAAUCCCUUGGAGAUGUUAAGGCUGGAAAACACUCUAGAAGAAGUCAUUUUCAAACUUGUGCCUGGUCUUAGAGAAAAGGAACAGCUGCAAGAGAUUGAAUUCUGGAGAAGAAACAAAUCAAAAGAAAGUCCUGAUGAGGAUGGGCCUAUAUGUAAGAAGGCCAGAUUGGAUGAAGAUGAUGAUGUUAAAUGUGAUAGAGACUACCACAGGAGUGAUCCGCAGAUAGCCAUCUGUCUAGACUGCUUGCGUAACAAUGGACAGAUGGGAGAGAACAUUGUUAAGGGCUUAAUGAAAAAAUGUAUUCGCUGCUCAACAAGAGUGACUGUUGGAACAAUCAAGAAGUUUUUAAGUCUGAAGUUAAAGCUUCCCAGUUCUUAUGAGCUAGAUGUUCUAUGCAAUGGUGAGAUCAUGGGUAAAGACCACACCAUGGAGUUUAUCUACAUGACCCGCUGGAGGCUUCGGGGAGAAAAUGUCUACCCAAUGGUACUUGAAUAUCGACCACGCAUUGACUUUGGCUAGGUUGAAAUGUCCUGCACUAAUUUCAGUCUAUCAACAGACAGCGAAUUGAAUAGACAUGUGCAGUUCUGAAGAUAUACUCUUACCUGUCUCUUCUGUUUAAUUACUUUGGCUCACUUUAUUGGGAUCAGUUAGUGCAUAUAAUCUUGUGACACUUACUGUGUGCUGCAGAGAUUUGUGUGUUGUGGUUCAUUUACCUAAGUGACACAAAAGUCAUGUUUAAGGGCCUUUACCAAUUUGCAUAUGAUGGUAUCUCCUUUUUAAAAAAAAGUCACAAUAUAAAAGUAUAUGCGGCAGUGCCUUUUCCCAUACAUCAUCUUAUAAAGAGCUGUGGACAGAUGAUUUGUAAAAAAUUAUAAAGAGUUGUUUUUGAAGAAUUUUUCCUUUUGUGUUUCACAGAAAGAACAAAGUCAUACAGGUUUUGAAAAACACGAGUGUGAAUAAAUGAUGACAGAAUGUUCAUAUUUAGUGGUUUAGUAUUAUACGUCUCCUGAUGUUUAAAGUGUUAACAUCCUCCUAGAGUUUUAAACUGGUCUGUUUUUUAUUUUUCCCACUUAAGGGAUUUUAUUUAUUAUAGGCCAUAGCUCUGUGCUCACACAAAUGCCUUUUCUUUUGAGGGUUUUGGGACAUCUCUGCCUCAUUUUUUUUUAAAUAAAUGUGAAAUUAACUUAGCUAAACAUGUUAAGUUGAGGUUUUACAAUGUCUGGCAUCCUAAUUGAGAAAAGAGUUGAGAAUUACUGUCAUUUGUCAUUAUUUUGGCUUAUGGUUGACAGGCAAUGAGUUAAAAACUUUCUCACAAUUUGUAGUAGUCUCCCCCCCCCCAAUUAUAGAAACGUGUAUAAUGUGUAUAAUUGCUGUUUUGAAUAUAGAGUCAUGCCUGCCUGUUUUAUGUCACAAUAAAAUUUUAUGUCAGUAAAACCUGCAUCAAAAAAUUACAAAGUAAAGGAAGUAGUUUAUGCUCGCAAAAUAGAAUUAAAGCAUUUACUUGACCACAUACACAGGCUUCAUUACAGUGUAUUAGUCUAGUUGUAUUACACCAAAGACACUCUACAUCAUGACCACAUGGGAUACUUGCUAAAAAAAUGUUUGUCUUACCUUACAGCUACACUUACAAACAGAGGCAAUGUGGCAAAACUAAACUUGAAUUUCUGUGCAAAUUAGCAUACCUAAUUUCUCAAACACAGUUCAGAAUGUUUCCCCCCCCCAGUUUUUUUGUCUUAUAUAUGUCUUCACAAAUCUCCCAAAAAUGUACUUAUGUAGAAUCACAUGAAUUCUGUUUGGAAGAAAUCUUAAGCAACAAUCAAGUUCCUUAAAAAAAGAAAAAGAAAAGAAAAAGCAAAAAUUAUUUUACUAUUGUUUUCACUUUAAAGAAGUGAAAACGAAAAGAAGUGACUUUGAAGUAUAAAAUAAUAUGUUUAAGUGGAAGCCGAAUAUUAUGUGUUUAGAAUAGGCUCUUGAAUGUCUUUGUGCUGCAAUGAUCAAAAUGUAUUUUUAUAGAGAGCCUUUGUAGAUAUUAAAAAAUGGAAAUGUAUGUUGUAUGUUUAAGAAACAUCAAUUGCUGCUUAGAAUAAUCUAUUCUAUUAUUCAAUGUAAAGUCCCUUAGGUGAUUCCUAUAGAGAUUAGAAAUGUGAGAGUUAUUGUAUUUCUGUGUCUUUGUUCAGAAGAAAAACACACUCAUGAUUAUUGAUGUUAUUGGGUGUGUGAUUUUUGAUUUCAUACUUAUGUUUUGGCAAUUAUCGAUUAUUAUAU